ACCCUUCGUGCGUUUGGCACGCGCAGCGCUGCGUCUUUGACCCCCCUGGUACCGCUGACUGUCCCUGAGAACUGGUCCCUCUAUGGCCGGAAGGAAUUUGUUGCCGGUCGUAUUCUGUAAUGCAUGUGCAUACUGGCGUCGCGAUCUGCACCGUGACAAUCCAAGAACGUGCCGUCGGGACCCUCUCACGCGGCCAGGAACUGAGCUUGUGUCGAUACGGGCACAUCCUUUAACAUCUCUCAUUCCUCCCUUUGCGCCCCUCUUCACUCGUUCACUUCUUUCUCUUCAAUGCAAUGGACGCUUUCCCUGGGCAAGACAAAUAUCUGCGGGCUGUGCCCAUUGCUCUGACCGUAAUUGCAACGGUUCUCGUCGCAGCCCGCAUGUUCACCGUAUGGCGACACAGAGGGUUUCUAGGCCUUGAAGAGGCAAUGGUCAUCUGCUCCAAUGCUGUCUUGAUUGGUUUCUGCAUAAUUCUAAACCUAGCUGCGCACUAUGGCUUUGGCCAUCAUACUAAAGAUAUUCCGAAGAUGGGUGGGGACCUUCACGUUGCGUUAAAGUACUAUUACCUCUCACAGCUCUUCUACAAAGUGAACAUCACAUUCAACAAGCUAGCUUUCUUGCUACUCUAUCUCAGAGUGUUCUCGAUUCCGUUGUUCCGCAAGAUAUGUCGGGCGACACUGGCCGUUAUUUUACUGGGCAGCUUUGCUUUCGUCAUUGCGACGAUCUUCCAAUGCACGCCGAUCCGCAAGUCAUGGAACAAGACAAAUGUACCAGGCCAUUGCGUAAACAACAGCUGGUUUCGAUGGACUUGGGCCGCCUUUAAUCUUCUGAGCGACAUAUUCGUCUUCACUCUUCCGCUGCCUGUGAUUGGACGUCUACAAAUGACGCUGGCCAAGAAAGUCGGCUUGAUGAUUCUAUUCACGCUUGGUCUCUUCGUCUGCAUCACAACGGCCAUCCGCAUGAAGGCGCUCGUACAGUCCACGCACGCCGUCGAUGUACCGUGGGACUCAUGUACAACGAACCUAUGGUCAUUCAUCGAGACCGCCGUGGGCCUAAUAUGCGCCUGCCUGAUCAGCCUCCGCAAAGCAGCGUCUGCGUGCUUCCCAGGCCUGCUCUCGUCUGUGGGCAAGAGCAAGAGCUCGCGCUACGGAUACGGAUACGGUAGCAAUUCGCGAAGAACGCCUGGAGCCGGUAGCCAGAGACUCUCCGAGUACGGGCUCGAAAACAUGGACUCGAGGCGAAACCACGACGGCAAGAUGUUGGGCCAGAGUAUCACAACAGUGGGGUUAGGCGCUCGAGAGGGACAUCACCACGAGCUCAGGAAAACCGAAAGCCAAGAUCACAUCCUGCGUGGCAUCACGGUGCAACGAGACGUGUCAGUUAGGAGCGAGCAGGCAAGCGAUGACAUGGGGUAUCCCCCGCUGCCAAAACAGUCGCAUGAAAAGGAAGAGGUUGUAGUCAAGGCGAAACAGGUCUCAUGACAGCCUUUCACACUGCAGGCAAUUAUGGGAUUAUGAACCGCUCACUUCACGGAGCUACUGGGUCAAAAGGCAGAGAUAGUGCGGCGCUCUAGGAGUAGGGGGUUCGGCGUAUUGUAGAUAGACUAGCUUCUCGAACCAUUGUGAUACCCAUCCAGCAUUCGAAUCGAAGUCGGUCAGAUCCGUUCUGUCCUCGGUGUUCUCCGGGCUUAAAGCAAACCGUUACAUUCUCCAUGUGCUCUGCCGCAAGAGCACCACCCAUGCUUGUGCACUCAUGCAU